ACUUGCUAUAUAAAGGUUCAACCAACCAUGAUCCUUUCCCACUUAUAAGCCAACCCCGCAUCUUUAUUACCACCAAAACAAACUGUUACUCUCAUCUCAAGCAAUGGAUCUCUCACCUCUCCACCCUUCUUGGCAAUACCUCUACCCCUCUCAUCUCCUUUUCCCCUACCAGUUCACCCCUGAAAACUAUGUUCAUUGGACACAAACCCCAGAGUCUCACGUUUUCUCAGCUGAUCUCCCUGGUAUUAGAAAAGAAGAAAUAAAGGUUGAAGUUGAGGACUCAAGGUACCUCAUAAUUAGAACUGAGGCAAUAGAUGAAUCCUCAGUGCCUGCUAAGAGCUUCAUGAAGAAGUUUAGGCUUCCAGGCAGGGUUGAUAUUGAUGGAAUCUCUGCUGGGUAUGAACAUGGGGUUCUAACAAUUACAGUGCCAAGGUCUUUCAGGAGGAGGGGCUUGUAUAUUGAUUUGGCAAACCAGCCAGAACAGCCAGAAGUUGUUGCACGUGCUGCUUGAAUUGAAACAUGGUGUUGGCUUUAGGACUUGGAUGCUAAGAUUAAGCUCUUUAGAAAGUUAUUAUAAUCAUUUCUGGCAUGUGCUAGAUUUGAAGUCCCUAUGAACAAAAAGAUUUUAAAUUUAUUGGUGUCUCUAUUGUUUCCAAAAAGAUAGGAGUAUUCAAGAUUUAUGGCAAUGGUGUAUGUGUAUGGAUGUGGGGUAAAAAUGAAUUUGCAUCCUGAGUUCCUAUGUUGAUGUCACUUUGGUUUUAACUUUUAAGACCAUAUUCCAACUUUAAUCAAUUAAUAUUGGGUCUGUUUGAUCAAUAAA